UGUCUUCCUCUAGGUAAAUCUACAUUUGUAAUGAAGCGUGGUAAAAAAAAUUAUGAACUUUUAUAUGCUGAAUACUCACAUUUGACUUGUACAACACGAAAAGAAAAGAAUGAUGGAGUAAAGUU